AUGGCAAAAGGUGCUCCAAAGCUUUCACCCUAUUCUGAUGGUAUUGAUCUCCCUUUCUCGGAUGAAGAAGAACAAGAGGAAGAAAAUGUAGACAAACAAAAUUUUAAGCCCCUUGAUGCGUCCAUAACAGACGAGUUAAAAAUGCACGAAAAGGACCUUCUUGCUUCCCAUGCUGAUGAAAGAUUUUUCUGUGUUGGCUCCGGGAAAGGAACUUCUAAAGAAUGCAUCAGUGAAGAUAACAUGUACCAAAAAGACAUUGAUGUGCUUUUCUUUGAAGAGGACACGGUUGGUGAUGGUGAUAGAACUGCUGUUGAAGCAGUUGUUUCAACUAAUGAAGAACUUUCAAAGCUCCUGAAAGAGGUUGAAACUUUGCAGAAUUCAGCUUCUGCUUUCAGCUGUGAAGAAGAGGGCGAUCAUGACAAUGAUGACGACGCAGGAAAUAAGCUUGAGUUGUACAAAAAAUGGCAGUUCAUGGGGUCAUAUGCUGCUGAAGCGCAAGUACUUGUGCCGCUGGAAGAAAAAAAGCAUGGGUUGUCUCACAUGAUGGAUUCCCUUAACCCAGUUUUCACUAAGAUUAUUCAUGUGCAUGAUCUGAAACUCCACUUCUACUGUGAUCUGGAUGAGAAGCCGAUUAAAGCUGCCAAAAGGAGAGGGAAUUGGAUUCAGCCAAAGUUUGUUGCAGCUAAGGAAAAGAACAAGGCCAACGGCAAGGUUGACGAUGAUGAAAGCCUCAGUUGUGGCUCCUAA